AUUCUUGAUCGUGGAUAAAAACCUCGAGUUUUUCGCGCAUCCUCUUCACCCGUCGCGUCCGCGACUCGACGCCCUCUUUCUGUCGCACCAGAGCAGGUCGACCAAGAUGCCGACGCACGCUCAUAAGAACCGCAAGAAGCGCGGGCACGUCUCGGCGGGGCACGGCCGCAUCGGCAAGCACCGCAAGCACCCCUCCGGUCGCGGUAACGCGGGUGGCCAGCACCACCACAGGAUCAUGAUGGACAAGUACCACCCGGGCUACUUCGGAAAGGUUGGCAUGCGUCACUUCCACAAGCUCAAGAACCACUACCACUGCCCGAUCAUCAACCUCGACAAGCUCUGGACGCUCGUCGGCGAGGAGAAGAGGCUCGAGUGCGCCGCGGCCGCGGGCAAGGCGCCCGUCAUCGACCUCACCGACCACGGCAUCUUCAAGCUUCUCGGGAAGGGCCAGCUCCCGAAGCAGCCCGUCGUCGUGAAGGCGCGGUACAUUAGCAAGCUCGCGGAGAAGAAGAUCAAGGAGGUCGGCGGCGCGUGCGUGCUCGUGGCGUGAGCGAGUGCGUUUGGAGUGAUUGGGACGCGCGCGCGGGCGGGCGCGUCACGGGGGGUACGGUGGAUCGG